UAUUUUAAAACGAAUGUCAAAAUAUUUCAGAUGUCAUUCAUAGCAUCCCAAAAUAACUUUCAGUCUUUUUUGAGACAUCUGAAAAACAUUUCACGAUAUCUCAAAAUGACUAUUUAGGAUAUCUCUAAUAUAUUCUGAACUUUUUGAGGUAUCUUAAAAUAGACAACAAAUUCUAUUUUGAAAGAGGCAAUUUUUUGACAAUUGAUUUUUGACAAAUUUCAACCCUAUAUUUCAUAUAAUAAAAUGUAUAGGUGAAGUUGAACCGCGACCCUCACCAGGAAAAGCGGAUGGGAAAAUGAGAUGAGAUGAAAUUAGAGAGGAGGUCAAAUAUCUCAAAAUUAAUCUGGGACAUACUGAGGUAUAUUCGAGAUAUCUCAAAAUUUAUUGUAAUAUAUAAAGAAACUUCUUUGAAAUGGAUUUUAGGGCCUGGAAAACAUUUACUGCAUUUUAAGCUUUCUAAAUUUAUUCUGAGAUACAGUAUCUCAAAGUAUCAGGUUUACAGCGUGUUUAGAAAAUAAUCUUAAACUUUGACAGCAGGUGGCGACAGUUGCACAUGUUUUAAAGUAAAACGUUUCUUUCAAGAAAGCAUAUCAAUAUAGUUUGACGAAGAAUAUACUGACUCGGUGAAAUGUGUCGAGUUAAGUUUUUGACUGAUUAACCCGCAUAUCCGGGAGAGGGUCUCGGGUGACUUUGCCCGUCCCACCACACAGUGGACACAGCGGUCCGCACACACUGAGAUAGUGCCAAGCCUUCUAGUAAUGUAACGUUCUUUAUUAAUGCGUAAUCUGCGUACCUUAGUGAUGUUUCUCCCAAUGAAUAGCACUGCCUAAAUAAACGGAGGAACUUUUAAUUGAAAGAUCGAAUGCCGCCUCUUUUGUGUGAACAGCUUUCAGAGGCCUUUUUUCCGGUUGAUUUUUGGGUUUCACCUUCUUUUGAUAAGAAGUAACGGCUGCGCACGAAAAUCGGAGUUAGCGGCACAGGCAGCACCCUUCUCAGUAUCCACCUGUAGGCGUGAAACAGAAACAUAAACAUACCAUUUGGUAUACUGGUAUUGUCAUAAAAAAUCAAAUCAAAUAAUCACUUCAGUGUCUACAAUGGCUUAUUUCACAGAACUUAACAUUAAAACGUUUUUCUUUCCCUAACUUCACUUUCCUUAAUUGUCGUUGGCUGGAGGAGAUUCGUGGAGACUCUAAACGAUCAGACACUCUUAUCUCUAGGAUUUACGAGGAAUUCCGAGGUAGUCUCAAGGUAACCGAGAGACAGAAUCCCUCCAUCGUGAUUUGGGUCUGAAUGCCAGCGUACUAUUUCUGAUUCACUGCGAGUAGGAAGCGUCGCUGCCUCAGCGGGCUGCUCUCGAUCCGGGGAGUCCCUACUGUGAUGCUGAGCUCGUCAUAGCGAAGUCCUCCCGUGUAGCUGAAAUCCUUGUUCAAGCACAGAUAUUAUCCUCUUUUCUGCCGCUACUUUUGCUUAAUCAGAAAGUUUACACCUUAGCUCUUGUUAGCAUUAAGUAGUAUAAGACAUAAAUAGAUAUAAACGUUAAAAGGACUGUCAGUUCAGCAAGAAUUUGUAUAUUCUGUAGUACAGUCCCACACGCUCUUGUUUAUUGUACCUCGACAAAAGUAUUAAAGUUAGAUUUUCAAAAGAAAGCGUAUAACUUGUAAACAUGAAAAUACACCCGGGUUAAUGACCAAGGAGGAGCUGCUAGGCACUGAAAGUCACAUUAACCAUCUGAGCUUUGCCAUCUGCACAAUGCGUCACCCAUGAAACUGCCAGACUGAUGGGCGCUAUACAAAAUGUAACGAACUCAGGUGAAUAAAUCCACCCGAAUAUUGCACAGUUCAUGCAUACGUUUUAUUUCUUGAAAUGACAAAAACGUAGGUUGCCAAAAAAAAUGAUUUAUAAACACAGCAAUAUUUCUAUUAGAAGCGUUUUGAUGGCCAGCAGUUAUUUCUCAUUAUUCAGGUUCUAAACCUUUGAUACAAUCACACAAUACCUCAUGUUAGAAGUCGUAUUAACUGACUUAUGUGCGGUUGGUUUUGGAAGACUAAACUGGACUUCAGAGAUACGGAGCUUGAAGAACAGAAUGCCAAAUAAUUCGAUCGUCAAGCUUACUUCACCCCGCUAUCGUAUUAUACAAGUCAAAAAUGAGUGAGUGUGAUAGAUAGAUAGAUAGAACGUUAUUCGUUUUAACUGCCUUCAUUCAUUAAUAUUCUCCUUGGAUUGUCAUCAUCAUCUGAAAAUUAGUAAUUUGUCCUUGCAUGUGGAUUUUUUGAUUACUUUUUAAUGUAUAUGCAAAAUUGUCCGCAGAAUACAGAAACGCACUUAAAUCAUGCAGUUAUUUUUGAAGACGCAGGGUUGCGCGAUUGAAUCAUUAGCUCGCCAGGGGGCUGAUUCGAUUAAACCUUUCGGUUAGUACUGAGCAAAUUUCCUGCAUUUUUCGAAUGCCAGGUUUUUGCUGAAAAGCUUUGACUCACUCUGCAAGUGCACGAGACAAGAAAAAAAAAGUUUAGGCGGCUUUCGUUCUAAUUCUCACUGCGAACUUGUAGUCCGCUUGGGGCGCUCUUGCUCGUAGACUUGCAAUGCUUCGGCGGCUCAAGUCGGAUCGGUGAUAUUUACACAAUCUUUAAAAGCAGAGGGGGUGUUCCCAAAGUCUCUGAACCUCUCAAACUUGCUCAUUCUCGGUCAGAGACCACUGAAAAUGGAUCUUGGCAGAGCCGUUGCUCUUCUCCUAUGGUUUUCUUUUCACUUUGGACAUGUUAUCGAGGCUGUGGUGUUUGGAUCAAAGCGGCACCCUCUGAGUGCAGAUGAUAACGGGCUAAACCUGCGCGUGGGGGUACGCAGACAGAGGCAGUCGGCGCUGCGGAACGGUACUGUGGUGCCCCACGAGUAUAUGAUGUCGCUAUACAAGACCUUAUCAGAGAUCCAAAAAAAGGGUUUCAACGCCAGCUUCGUUCGUACCAGGAGGCAUGCCAACACAGUCACAAGCUUUGUGGACCAAAGCAAAGAUAACCUCUCAGCCGAUCCAGCUCAGCGGUACUUGUUUGAUUUGUCAGCUUUAUCUAAGACAGACGAGUUUGUGGGAGCAGAGCUUCGCAUUUUAAGGAAACCUCCCCCCAACCUGCCUUUAGCCCUUUCUCAAGGUGGAAAUCUGUACCGACUGAUUUUGUAUUCAUGCACAGAGGGAAAGGCCAGACGGUACCUCUUGGAUUCAAGGACCGUGGAUCUGCUGGACAUGGAGUCAGCCAAGUGGGAAGUUUUUGACAUCUGGGAGGUUAUGAAAGGCCAGAAAGGGAGUUACAGGACAAACAACCUCUUGUGCUUUGAUUUGGUGGUUGUUGCCGAGGCUUCAAAGCGGGUGUCUCGGCCUCAGGAUGUAGGUUUUGCUCGUCAUGCUCAGCAUCCUCAAGAAAAGGCUCUUUUGGUGGUUUUUACUCACUCGAAGAAAAAAGAGAAUCUUUUUAAGGAAAUAAGAGACAAACUAAAAUCUAUGGGGGGCUUGGCUUUCUUGGAUCCUCCAGACUCUGGUCAGGGAUUUUCCCAAACAAGGCACCGGCGCAGGAGGAGGACAGCAAUUUCUGCCAGGUCAGGAGGUGGUGGUGGAGGGAGAGGCCAUGGGAAAAGGUCAAAAACGCGAUGCAGUAGGAAGCCCCUCCACGUUAACUUCAAGGAGUUAGGCUGGGACGACUGGAUUAUAGCACCAUUGGAUUACGAGGCAUACCACUGCGAGGGAAUUUGUGAUUUCCCAUUAAGAUCUCACCUAGAGCCCACAAACCAUGCAAUAAUUCAGACUCUAAUGAAUUCCAUGGAUCCUGAGUCAACUCCACCCAGUUGCUGUGUUCCCUCCAAACUUAGCCCCAUUAGCAUUUUAUACAUUGACUCGGGAAAUAAUGUGGUUUACAAGCAAUAUGAGGAUAUGGUGGUAGAAUCCUGUGGCUGCAGGUAGCAGCUGGCCACACCAGUGCCAUAUUGAAACACAAGGAACAUUUAUUGUUAAUAUUUUUUUUUAAAGGAACACUUCAAAAUGUCUGAUGCUGUGUUUGUUUGUAUAUAUGUGAUUAUUUUAUAAGUGGGUUUCUUUAGUUUAUAUGUAUGGUUACAUGGUGCCAGAGUCUUGGAUGAACUUUCUAUUUUAAAGUUAAACCAAAGCCAAACUGUUUCUUUUGGUUUAUUACUUGACAUCUAGCCAUUUCUACAGUUUCUGCAGUACUGCUAAUUGAACAGGCUUCAGGUCAUGUAUACUUAAUCCAUGAAAAUUCUGUUCCCAGAGAGAAACACUCACACUUUUGGUAAUGGGAAAAAGAGAACCUAAUUAAUAUCGUGAACUAAUUUGUUCACCCUUCACCAGUCAUACAGACACAGGCCAUAUCAGCACAACAGAAAGCAAUUAGUAAGAGAAAGCCGUCCUCUAAACCUUGUUUUGGUUUAAUAACAAGAUAGAGAUCACUGACCGGACUACAAGUGACCCUUUUGUUUUAGGGCCAGCUAGUCACCUUCAAUUAUAAAGCAUAUCCAGAAAUGAUUUGUUCAAAAAUCUGAAGAUGUGCAUUGACUGUUCAUCAGAGACAAGCAAAAUAUUUACCAAACUCAAAAAGAAAGCUGCGUGAACAUCUGCCCAGCAAGAGCACCUCAAGUCCCAUUGUAUUGCUUCACUUUCAUCAGUGUGUUGCAACAUUAGAGCCAUCAAUCUAAAAUUCCCAGUUAGAUAAGUAGGCACAUCCAACUGCUUGUCAAGAAUAUUGCUGAUUUGUUUUCUCUUAGACCCUCUUACUAUUCACUUUUGAGGCCUAACAUUUUCAAUUUUUAGUUAUUUAUUAUGAAUGUGAAUAACAGCACAACAUUACCCUUGUACUUAGGUCAGAUAUGAUAAUAUUACAGUUUUUUGUGCAAUUCAGUUCUGCAAUAUAUUACAAUUUAUUAAUUGCUUUCUGUCUGAUUGAAGUUAAGCUUGAAAUAAUAUCCCCUUAAGGUAAAAUGUGACAGUUUUUAACUCCACUCAUUUGGUAAAUAGAUUUCAAGUGUCUCAGUAGUCUCCACUGAGACAUAACUUUUAUAUUGGUACAUCAUUCAAAAUUAACACUAAACAGGUCAUUGCGGAAAAAGCUCUUAUGUCUGUAAUAGCAUUUUCAUCCAAAAAUUGAGAUUAGGAUUUCUCACAUUAAAAUAUUAUUUCAAUAUAUGCAAAUGUGCUUUUCAGCUUCUUGGGGGUACACAAUUGUAUGUUGCCAGGGCACACAUGUUGACCAUUAACAUGCUAUUUUCAUGACAUUAUUAAAUUUGAAUACAUAUCAACAUUUUAUGUACACUUUGCAGUUUUCAAAUAUUGCUAAAAGUUCCAUGUUGAUUAACCCUGGCAUGAAAAUAAAAUUAGCCUUAUUUUCUUUUGCCCCUGACAUUUUGCCACAACUCCAGUCAGAGUUAUACAAAUGCGGAAAUGAACUUUGGCAAGUGAAGAGACAGGAGUAAGCAAAGCAUUGUGCUAAGAUGUUUCAGUUGAAGCUUCUUGCUCCCCUGCUACCACUUUAAAUAUAUCAGUUUGUGUACAUGGAGGACUCUAAACCGAGUGUAAAUCAGCCUUCAAGUCCUCCCAUCAGCUGGAGUUGAACAGAAUUGUGUCAAAGCACUUGAUUUUUAAUAUGGCAAUGCUUGCACAUUACAUGUUUCCUAUUACGUUCUUCCUUUAUUGUAGCUUUGUGAAAACCGAAAUCACUUAAAAUGUUGACUGAGCAUUUAAUAAAACAAUUUAAAAAAAAACAUCUGUGGUGCGCCAUUGGUGGGAAUGUGCAACAAUUCAUUUUGCCAUAUAAGUACCAAUUAAAUAUAUUGCUUCUACAUUCCAACAGAUGGCACACUGGAAAUUUGAGAGAGAGUGAAUAGAUAGAUAGAUAGAUAGAUGGCACAGAGAGGGAGCAAAAAUAUCACUCUGGAAAAAUAUUGCAGUACUCUACUGUAUGAUUCUUCCCCAACCUCUAAUAUUUGCUCCAAAUAACAGUGUUUCUGACAGACAUAUUAGGCAGUUUUGAGGACAUGGAAACUCUGCACAGAUCAGUUCAAAAUUUGAAUCUGAGGCAGCAUCACUAUCAACUGAUCUAUCUGGCCACCUAUUAGAUCUAUAAUAAGGAUAAAAAUAACAUUACAGGGAAGCAUAUGGUGAAACUGCUGCACAGUGCAGAUGUAUACAGAGGCAACAGUUUGUGGUCCAGUAACAUCUGCUGAGUGCAGUCCCCACCUUAGUGCCAUCAUGAAUAUGUGAAUAGUUAUGUGUAUAAUUAUUUUUCCAUGCCUGUGUACCCCUAACCACUGAGACUGAAGGCAAGAUAGGACAAGGGGAUGGGUCUCUGCUAGGAAGGCAUACAGCCAAAAUGUGGGGAUGGUUCCCUUGUUAUUAGCUAGGUUAGGUUAGGUUAUUUUAGGGCAGUGUCCUGCUACAUACAUUUAUGUGUUUCUGGUACAGUUUAAGUUGGAAUAAGAGGUACAAUAGAGGAAGGAUGACACUUUGCAAUGGUUGGGGCACUUUUCUUCACCAAGUGUAAUCACAUUACAGUUUACUCCUAAUCUGAAAAGGUGGCACAUCGUAAAUAUUUUUAGUAAUAAAAUGCAUUGCAUAUGAAAGUCCAAUAGGAUGACACAUCACAAAUAUUAACACUGCUUUUACGAAACCCAUAGCAAAUGGCGUAUAACUGAGAUGGGUAGCAUAGCUAGUGAGCAAUAAAUCUACCUUGAUAUGGAUUAUACUUCCGCAAUAAUUAUAAAAACUAACCUUAAGGCUGAAAAAUAAUUUUUGAAUGAAAGAUCUUCUUUAGUAUCCUGGCAGUUACGUAUACUUUAUUAAAUUUAUUUUGAAAUAAUGAUGUAAGUUUACUUUUAUUACCUUAUAAUUAAUUAGUGCAUGUAGUGUGGGUUUUCAUUUUAUUUUCAUGCUCCACAUUCAUAAACACCACUUCUGCAUUUUACAUUUCUGAAUUACAUGUUUUGUGAAAGCAUAUAACUCAGGAGAAGGCAAAGUCCAUUGAAUGUUUGCAUCUGCAGGCCCACAGCAGUGGUUUAACAGACCCAAUAGUGUCUGGCUGCAUACCUCCAAUGGCAGACCCCCACAGGUGUCUGUCACUGGAGGUCUGUAACCAGAUACUUGUGAAGUAGUCAGACAUGGGACAACAGGAACAGGUCAAAAUCGUUUAUGUGAGACAGGUUAAACUGAAAUGGAUGCAACACAAUGGCUAACCCUGUGCUCUGACCCCAAAAAGGGAGUCAUGCAAUAAGACAAUUUCUUGGGGAUUGACAAAGUAUAUCAAAAAAAAAAAUUAAUAGUCAAAAUACUAAAAGAUAUGAUUCUCAGGGCAGUGAGGUAGCACCAUUGAACCCUAUGCCAACAAGCUGCUCCAAAUUCAUAAAUAUAUCACUAAAGCAAUAGUGUAAUAAUUAGUGAUCCUGUCUUACAAAUCCAGCGUUCUGUGUAGAGUAUGCAUGUUCUCCCUGUGUCUUCCUGGAUCAGUAAUGGACGUUGUCAAAGGCUAGUUUCAGUCUUGCAUUAAACACUGCUGGGAUAGGAUUGGGUACCUAUAACUCUUACUGCUAUAACUAAAACAGAAAAAAUGUUAAAACUCUUAGGGAUUAUUAAUCAAAUUGAAGAGAGGAGGAGUAAACACAAGGAAAACUAGUGCCUUUCACCCAUUAAUUAACUUAAAAAGUAAUGUACCCACACUUUCCAGCUAUAAACAAAAACACCUGACAAUUGUCAUUCAUCUCCUGUUUUCUUUCCAUAUCUAUCUCUAUUGCACUCAGUCUUUGCUCCAGAUUUAUUCCAGAUUCAUUCAGGCAGCCUUUAAACUCCACCAUGACAUCACGUCUGAAAUCACCAUCCAGAUUAAGUACAGCAUCAACAAUGACAGUACCAAUAUGUCAAAGUGCCCCCUAGUGCUCCAUGGAGCAACUGCACUCCUGAGCCAACUCCUUUAGUAGUUGUGUUGCAUUGUGUACUGAGUACAGUGAAAUUCUUGCUUAAAUGUCCAAACUUCCAACACGUUGGCUAUUUUCCAAAAUCAUCAUUAAAAAUAAUAUAUUAAGUUCUCUUCUGUAUGUUUCUGAUGGCUUUAAGUAAUUUUUGGGUUACAUUUCUCAACUGCCACUUAUCGGUCUAAAGAAAUCUGAUUGGCACUCUGAUGCACUCAAAGCAAUCGCAGUCAUGGCAGCAUCCAUAUUACACUCAAUUUAAAACAACAGCCAGACAACCCGCCACAUAAGAUAUAAAUACAGAUAAAGAAUAUCUCCUUUCACCUAUCUAUUUCAAUAUGACCUUUAAUGUAUAAUCUCAGACAGACAGAUCUUACUUUGGAAUCAACUUAUGUAUUGCAGGAACUUUGUGAGGUCGUUUACAGUCACUGCUAGCAUUUGCGUUAUGUUGAGUCUGAACAUCACUGAAAUAAAAAAGGGGCACACAAGGAGACCUCAUUCCCCUACCAGACAAACACAUUUGAGUUACCAGAUUGCCUAUUUCUUUGAUGUAAAAUACAGGGAUUUUAGAGUGUUGGUUGGAAGAGAACUUUCAUUCUUUUUUUUUUUGUUAGAGAGUCAUUAUAAAGGUCAGCCUUUGAAAAAGCCCCAUUGAGGUUUUGCGUUCAGCAGCAUAUUAGCAGAUUGAAAUACUCACGUGAUUCAUCCUUAAAAAAAUAAUGGCUGCCUAGGGAAACUCAUGAUAAAUAAAUGUGUCAGUACAUGUUUAACUAUACAUGCACUUAAAGCACUCUGGAUUCAGCACAAAGACUCUUUCUUAACAGGACUCUUAGGGUACAAUUGCAAAUGACGAAAAAUUCAAUAUGAUUUAUGAUAUCAGUCCUUUGGGUAUCCUUGAACUAGUGCACCAUUUUAUUUCCUAUAUUUGGGGAAAAAUGAAAAGGCAUGGGGCAGUUGUGUGUGUUUUGUCUUUUUAUUUUAAUUCUCAGAAUAAAGUUAAGCCGAACUUCAGGUUAUUAAAUAUGUUAACCAUUCAAAAGUAACGAUAGGAAAAAUAACUUUCCAAGAGAUAUACUUUUUUUAAAUUCGCAAUAGGGUGUUUCAUUUGUUGUUUAGAAAUGAUUGUGUUGCUAUGAAGAAAGUCACUUUAUUUGAGUUAAAUACAAUGUAUUUACAAUGCACAACUCUUAAAAAAAUUUAUAAAUUAUGAGUCUUAUUGAGCAAAGUUAAGCAUCAUAAAAAUUAUAACAAGAAUAAGAAUAACACGAUAUUGCAUACUUUAUGAAUGAUUACCUGCACAUAAAAAAGUAUCAGACUAACCUGAAUGUAGAAUGUCUGAUCAGAUCGACCAAAUUAGUAAUUUGUAUUCUUGUUAUUCUUUUAUAGAAAAAUGAAGCCUGCAGAAUCAUUGCACGAAUAAUGUAAUUCAAAAGUGAAAGGCAAAGUUGGGCCACAGAAGACAUUUGUUUAGCAAAUGACCUGCCAAGGUUAUCGGUGACUCUUCCAUUUUUGCACCCUGCUAUCAAAUGAAACUGAAUAAAUUCAAGACAGGAAAAUCAAGCCUUUCCUGUUUAGGAAGAUGCUAUACCACAAAUGUAUAGAGGUACCUUCGCUUUGGCAAUUUUAAUAAAUAAAAGGGGCACAAUACAAUAUGGCCAUUUAGACAGGUAGGGUUAUCUUUCAGAACUUUGCUCCCGUUUUUUUACCUCUUCUCUUUGUUUCCCAUGCCAAGGUUGUCAAAAUAUUAAUAAUUCAGUUUGCUAGAGCAAGCAUCUGGGGAUCAACACUUAUUUUCACGCCUUAAAAAUAUGUUGCCUACUUUUCUUCGUUAACAUACAGUACAAUUUAGCACACAAUCUGAGCACUUACUCGUGCAGUGACUUAUGCUUUAAAAUCAGACAAGUAUUUUAUGUUAUUAUGGCUGUGUGUGGCUGCAUCAACAAAUCAAAACCAAGAUCACGAUGCUGGUAUCUUUCAGUAGGCUGUGACACGCCAUUUAAGAAACAUGUUGAUAUUAGUUGCCAUGAAACAUAGCAAAGGCAUCUAUACCUUUAUCUCAGUUCUGGUUGGUUGUGUUGUAGUUGUAUUCAUUCAUUUUAGCUGAUACUGUUAAUUAAUCCCAUGAAUGUUGCACUUUUUAAAAUUCAUUUUAUUGUUACAACUGUCAGGUGGAGAUCCUUCUUUCACUUUACUUGUGAAAAUCAAACCAGUUAUCUGGAUUACAGCCUGGUGCCCAAAUGCCAACCUGCAUAGCCAUACUAACAUAAUACACAAGCGUAAGCUUUGGUAACAUUCAUAACCCUAACUUCAUCUCAUAAUUUAUGGCCUGAAAUAGUCUUAUGUCUGAUCUUGGAAAAAUAAAAAUGAAACGGCUCGCAGCUUUUCUCUCUCUCUGGAUUUCUCCUGUAUGUGUGUAUUUAUUUAUUUAUUUAUUAGUAGGUUACAAACGAGGAUCAGAAUGUAACAUUCAAAACGUUUUAACUUCACAUUGUAACGCUUAUGACUAAUGUGUCACAGAGCCCUUUAGUGUAUAAAAAGGGGCGUGCUGAGCUGAACUAAGCAACCAAGAAAUGUAAUUUUUGAAGUCGUUAUGCAGUAUAGUGUGACUUGCAUCUGUUAUGAGGUGUUUUAUUUUUUAAUCCCUGCAAUUUGUAAAGGAAAAUGAGAUUAAAACUCUGUUUAAUGAAA